CAUAUAAUAUUUAUAUAUAUGCGUAUAUGUGUAUAUAUGUACGUAUGUAUACGUGUAUAUAUAUUAUAUAUUUGCUACACACUAAAAUAACAACGACGGUGUGUCCUAUUCUGUUCGGCUUGGAUAAAUUUUUUUCUGCUUGUUCUCUUCUACAAGUACCUACGUCACCUUCGCAAUCACCAUCAUCACCAUCAUCAUCAUUGUCAUCGUCCUCAUCAUCAUCAUCGUCAUUUCAUCGCCCUAUCUACUGCUACCUUGGAUAUGUAUAAAUAUAUAAAUAUAUAUAUAUAAGAAAUAUACAUACAUUCAUAAGCCUGCACGCACAUCGCAUCCACAACUAAUCUCUCUCUAACAAAACUUACACACUCACACAUGCACACGUGUAAACAGACACACACGUACAUGCACUGACACAUUACAAAACACAAACACAGACACAAACUUACACACGUACACAUUUAUAUAUAUAUAUACAUACAAACAUAUACAUAUCUUUAUAUACAUACGCAUACAGACACACACACACACGAGUGAAACUUACACAACUACGUUAUCACAAACAACACAAAUAUAUAUAUAUAUCUAUUUAUAAAUAUAUAUAUAUAAAUGGAUAUAUAACAUAUAUGAGUGUGUGUGUAUAUAUUUUGGAAUAAUAUACAUACAUACAUGUAUAACUACAAAUAUAUAGUGCUUCUCUACAAGGAGGUUCCGUAAAAAUAACACGAAUAUAUCCAAAUCAAACGAAGAAAGAGGUGAAAUAUUAUAACAUAAAAAAAAAAGAAUAUUUUUUAAAUAACAUAAUAUAUGAUUGAUAAUUAUUACGAUUAUUGUUAUUAAACCACAAAACUAAUUAACAUGGAACUUAUUACAGGAAUAAUGAUUUUGCUUAAAUGCCUUGAUCUUGCUUUCGCUGCCGGUUGCAAGUUCCCUGUUGACUGGCAAGGAGUUUGGUACAUUAAUGGCAGAGGCGAAAUACGGAUUGGCGCCACGAAUAUUAGCUACUUGGGAGAGUGUAUUCAGGAAAAAGAAUAUAAAUAUAAACUGCACGACAAAACACGUAAUUGUUAUCAGUGUAUCGUAUUUACCAACCGGACCAGUAAUCUUAUUGAGUACAAAAGUGGUUAUUGUCACAAUACGGAGGAUUUUCGAAAACUCUGUAGCACAAUUACAGGCGAUUCACAGCUUCACUCACUCGUACGAGUUCCCAGUGUGCCUGUACCAUGUCCGUUUCAAGGUAGUUACUUCUUCCGCUACAUGAACGGAAGUGUGAACUGCAGCAAACCGUUUUCACAGAUGCGAGAAUGUGCAGAUAACUCGCGAUUUAAAUUCCAUUUUAGAAAAUGUAAUGGAAAUCCGGAAACAACAGAAAAAGUGCUUGACUUCCAGUGCUUAGCAACCUGGAACAAUGGAGAUAAAAUGUUAUAUGGAAAGUUUACCGGAGAUUCAUUGAGUGCUGAUCAAAACAUGUAUCGUUGUAUGAUACAUGAUUUCUACGCCAGCGAAGGCUUAUUAGCAAUGUCAAUCGAUGCCAGUUGUCAAGGCCCGCAGUCGCCUCAAGUUGGACCAUUUACUAUGGAGUUACAGCGAAAUAACGAAGCUACAAAAGCUUACAGACAAAGACAACCAUGCCGGUUCCUCGAAGAAUUUGCUAGCAUCCAUAAGUGGAAGGAUUUGACUGGACGUUAUAUUAUUGAAGUGGAAGACAACAUGAACGUCUUCCGAAUUAAGGAUAACAUUCAUGGACUUAGUGAGGUGCCGCGGGACUGUAGCCACGGUCCGAAAGCUUUCCCAUAUGAAGUUCGGAGGUCUGAAAUUCGACUGGUUUCACGCUGUGUAUCACUGAAGGAGGGGACAAAAAAUACAUUCCUCACUUACACUACCAACGACUCUUGUGUAUCAAAGUACCAAUGCGUGAAAAUUGAACUGAUUGCUCGGUCAUUCUUCAAAAUGGUUAUAGGCUCACCUUACCAUAAUGACAAAGAUGCCUGCAAACACAUACAGUUGGUGAAAGCCUCCACGUUGUAUUUGUUACCUGCCGAAUCAAAACCAUCACCUUGUCCACUGCCUGGAACUUACGCUUAUAAAGAUUUCACAUCUCACUGUGUCGGAAGUCUCAUAAUUGGAUGUCAUAACGAAAACGAAAUAGAAAUCCAGGCUUCUUGCCCCUCAAUGCAUAAAGCAGUUGAAAUUGUGCAGUGCCUCUUCUCAUGGGGCAAUGAGCAUAUUUUGCAUUUGAUCACCCAGAAGCCCACAACUGGUACACGAACAACGGGCUACUGUUUGACAUUUGCAGAUAGUCUUGAUGCCAUGGAUCUAUAUUCUGACCCGACUUGUAGUUCGGACAAUUUAAUGAUAAUGAACAAAACACUACGUAUACAUCUUACAAAACCUGAAGCAAAAUGUGUGACUCAAAAAGAACAUACAGCAUCUUCUAAUUCUCAACACCAGCAGGGGGAGACUAAUAUAAUCACCGUUGGUAAAGGUGGCUCACACGAACUUAUAAAUGGUGUGGAAUCGAAGAAUGUAUCCCACCUACAACAAUUUUUCAUCUUAAUAAUUUCUAUUGUCGCGAUUAUUUGCUUGCAGUCCGGCAGGUGACUGUUUCCCGUCUGCCAGAGUUGAUAGUUUUUGCAUUGAAAAUUAACAGAAAAAUUCAAAAGAAUAUAUAUAUAUAUAUAUAAAAUUGUAAAGAAAAUUCCCAACAAUAAUAUAAAUAAUAAAAAAAAAAUGUGAAGCCCAGCUUUGCAGUGGACAACAGGAUGCCGAAUGACAAUGAGAAUAUUGAAUGUUAAAAAUACUGAUGAUGAAAAUAUCGCAGAGAAUGAUGUCAAUAAUGAUGAAGAUGAUGAUGAAAAGAAAGAUAAAUAUGAUUAUGAAUGAGAAGAUUACGAUACUGAUGAGGAUCAUGAUAAAUUAUCUAUAAAAUGAUAAAUAUCUUGGCCACUAUGACAUCUGAAAAAUGGACAAUGAGAUGAAAUUGAGUUGGAUAGUGAUAAUAAAAGAACAAUACCAAUAAUAAUGACAACAAACACAAUAACAAUAGUAAUGAUGUUGAUGAUGAUAUUAAUAAUAAUGAAAUAGUGAAAGGUUAAUGAAAAUAGAUAUGAAAUUAUGUAGCGUUAUAUAUAAAUAUAUUAGAACUUUAAUUGUGAUAUUAAAGAUUGCAAUAAUAAGUUAAUAGUAAUAUACAGAAUAGAAUUAACUAAACAAGAUUAAAAUUUUAUUAAGGAACACGAUAGAGAUGAUAAAAGUGACACAAUUUAUACAUAAAUUAUUAUGAAUAAUAAUCAUGCAAUCAGAUGUAUGGAAAUAAUAAGUUAAAAGAUAGAAAUAUAGAUACA